GUCUGCGAACAGCCCUCGCGCUCCGCGUCCCCUAAUCCCCACGGCCCCGCCCGCGAUACGUGGAUCAAUUCCAUCCGACUCGAUGCCUCACCGCCAGUCAGAAAGGAAAAAUCAGUGCCUCCCGACCCUUCUCUCGCUGGGCACAGCAACCAUGGCGAUGGAUCUGCAGCGUCCGCAGCCGCUCCACCUCGGGUUCCCUGACCCUUCUUCUCUAGGCUGGGCAGAGCAACCAUGGCGGCGGAUCCGCAGCGUCCAUGGCCGCUCCACCUCGGGCAGCGCGGAUCACGGUCAGCGGCCCGAUGGAGGCGGGUACCGGCGCGGUUGCUGUUCUGCCCUGCGCUCCCUCCAUGUCUCCUCCUGCGCCUCCGGUGGCCAGCCGCUUCUUCGACUCCGGCCUAGGGGCACCCUCAUCGUUGGCGGAUUUAUAUUUCUCAGGUCAGACAGUGUGCAGCCACACAUGGUCAACAUCCAGUUUCAGAAGAAUGUACUGCUGCAGGUAACCACGACGACGCAGGCGAAGUCGAAUGACAAGAACCAGCUAGAUGAGGGCAUCCAUUCGAAACACAUACCUAAUCUUCUAUGUGUGGGAUCCUUUUUCUGAUAUGAAUUGUUGUUGGGGCGAGCUUGUUACUCUCUACAUGGAUUUCAAGUUGGAUGAGAGCUACACACUGAGCAAGAUCUCCAUCUGGACUGGCGAUGGCUUCCACAAUCUCAAGGCAAUUCCUCUUUUCUAAAGAUAGCAGCGAGGUGCCCAGUAAGAACACACACGUAUCUCUGAAUUAUAAGUUAUGAUCUGUGCUCUAUGGUGAGAGCACAUAUCAAUUGUUUUUGAACAAUACUCAGGUUAGUUUGGUAUAGUUCUUACAUGUAUUGCCAUCUCAGCUUACCAGGAGCCUAAUUUUUGUAGUUGUAUACUUAUUGUAUGUCUGCAUAUAUGUUUGAAUUGAACACCUGCUGCUGUUUUUGUGAUCCGCGCACUUGCUUGAAAUAUAAUCAACUUAGUUGGUUGUGAUCUUGUUCUUCAAGUGAACUGUGGUUUAAUCAAAUGCAUUUGGUAUUAUCUCAUGUCGUCUUCUUAGUACUGUAAAGUGCAAAAUGAUCAUGUCAUAUGUCUCUACUAAUUGCUGAACGCUAAGUUGAAUAUAAUGCAUUGUUCUGUGGGUAAGGAAUCUUAUAAAUUGAUGCAUUGAAAUUAAUUGUAAGAAAACUUCUUGACAGGAAAACGAGGACUACCAUCAUCUUAUGGAUAUUCAUCAAAUAACAGUACAUCAGCCAAUGUGUAUGUGGUGGUCUAAACCAAAUGUUAGGCACAAAAUGAGGAUUAUGUGCACAGUUGGUCCCUCAACUAACACAAGGGAGAUUAUCUAGGAUUUUGCUGAGGAUGACAUCAAUGUGGCUCGGCUAAUAUGUCACAUGGAGACCAUGCAUCGCACCAGAAAAUUAUUGAAUUGGUGAAAGAGUUGAGACCAUGCUUGUAGACUCUUAUGGACGAGUCAAUUAUAAGUCUGGCAUGCGCAUGCAAGCACAUGAUUUUGCUCUAUCAAUAAAUAGUGUAAUCAAACCUUUUUAUGCCGACCCUUCUUUCACCAUAUUCCAGCUUAUUUGCUCUGAUAUAAGCUAGAUUUAACACAUUCAGGCCCAGAAAUUAGUAUUCAAGAUUUGCCUCAUUGAAAACUGGUCAGGAGUUCACGUUCACAAUAAGCAGUGAUCCUUUCUACUACUUGUGGGAUUGAGCAAAGAUUAUCAACAGUACAGUCAAAGAAGCAACGUUGAACAUGAAAACGAAAAGGUGUGACGACACCCGGGUGCCCCGACACCCAGUUAUCCCGUCGAUCCGCGGUGUUCAAGAUUCGUGCUAGAGAAUUCUGCAGUGCAGACGCUUGUACAUUAACCAGGCGAUUAGCAGGCUUUCUUUAGGAGACAGAUAGCGACAGGAGGAGAGAGGCAUGGCAGGAAUAGGCUUGAAAAGGUAUUGCGGUCCAUGGGCUUGUUCAUUGAAGUGACAGCACCUGCAUGUGCUGUUGCGCCCUGCGGCAUGAGAUGAUAUUUUAUUUCGCACACCCUGCAUCACUACUGUUUCUUUGUCACCAUUGUGUGGUUUCUUGGUCCGUCUCUCUCAGUUUAGUGUUUGUUUUUUAUUUUUAUUUCUUGAAUAUGGACCUUUAUAAUAUAACAUAGGUAUGCGUGGUAGUACUUGUGUUUGGGAAAAAGCAUAUUCACGGCAUUUGUUAAUUCUUGGCAUACAUUUUCUCAUCAUCACUGGCAGGCAGACAUGUCAUAUUAUGUACCAAUAUUUUUAAGUAGGUGGGUGCAGGUGCGUAACAGUAGGGCUGUAGUUUAUGUGGAUUGUGUCGAACAGCCACCGCUUAAUCAAGAACCAGACCUGCUAAACAAAAGAUGUAUCGGGUUUUCCUUAGGUUGCAUUGCAACACUUCAGUGUCUACUCUUGGUUCUUUUAUCAUAAAAUUUGUAAGGUCCCUUAUGUUUGAUUUAUUGUAUAAAUCAUUUGAGACAUGGCCUGCAUGCAUGAUUACUCACUAUAUU